AUGGAUCCAAAGCAAACCAUGGAUCGUUAUGUAGAGAAAUUUAAGGAGGCUUAUUUGAUGAAGGAUUUCGAUACAUGUUUACAACUCGUGUCUCAGAUUAAGGCACUUCUGCAUGAAGCAGAAACACGAGCUAAAGAAAACAAGGCAAAGCAACAGAUUUCUCAUGAUCUUCAAAACGCAGCUCAAGUAGACAAAGACGACAAGGUUCCUGUGGACGAUUUGAUUCAGAAACUAAUCAUAACAGAUGAAUAG